CCGUGGUUCGGCUGUGAUUAGGAAGGAGCUAGCGGAUUAGCGCCAGGUGCGGGGGUUUGCUACAAGUUGGUCUUCGGCUGGAGCUGGGGAGUUUCCGCGGUGUCAGCGUCCGUGGCGUCCGGAGGAGCAUGUCCCUGGACUUCGGCAGUGUGGCACUGCAGACACAGAAUGAAGAUGAAGAGUAUGACCAAGAAGACUACGAAAGGGAGAAAGAGUUGCAGCAGUUACUCACAGACCUGCCUCACGACAUGCUGGAUGAUGACCUGUCCUCCCCCGAGCUCCACUAUUCGGACUGCAGUGAGGAUGGCAGAGAGGAAAGGCCACAUCAUUCUGAGCAAUCGGAGAUGAACUGGAAUGAGCAUCAAGUGCUGCCUAAAUCUCAGAGUGUAAAUGACUAUAAUGGGAUUCGGGAUAUAUAUGUUGGAGAGAAGAGUGGCAAUGUUUGGGAAGAGAAUCAAAGCCGACCUGAAGACCAGCACCCCGGGUACCAUCCUGAAGGAGGUGGAGACGAAGGUGGAAGUGGUUAUAGUCCCCCGAGUAAAUAUGAACAGACUGAUUUAUAUCACCUUCCUGAAAACUUUAGGCCAUAUACCAACAGUCAGAAGCAGGAAUUUAAUAGCCAGCCAACCAAAGUAAUUACAUUUUCGGAUCCUCAAAGGAAUCAUUUUCAGCAAUUUGGUACGUCACAAGGUCCCAGUUGUCAAGCUUUGGAAUCGUAUAAAGUAACGUAUAAACCUUAUCAGUCUUCUGCCCAGAAUAAUGGCUUGCCAGCUCAAGACGUUGUAGGAAGUGACACGUUUGAAGACCUGCAACAACAGUUUUUAGGAGCUAAUGAAACAGACUCUGUGGAAAAUAUGCAGAUUAUUCAACUUCAGGUUCUUAACAAAGCAAAGGAGAGACAACUAGACAAUUUAGUUGAAAAGUUAAAUGAAAGUGAACGUCAAAUUAGAUAUCUGAAUCACCAGCUUCUGAUGAUCCAAGAUGAAAAGGAUGGUUUGACCCUCAGCCUUCGAGAAUCACAGAAACUCUUUCAGAAUGGAAAAGAAAGAGAAAUACAGCUUGAAGCACAAAUAAAAGCAUUGGAGACCCAAAUACAAGCAUUAAAAGUUAAUGAAGAGCAGAUGGUGAAGAAGUGCAGAACAACCGAAAUGGCUCUGGACAGCCUGAAGCAGCAGCUGCUGGACCUCCGCCAUUCGGAGUCACUUCAGCGCGCCAGAGAGCAGCACGAGAGCAUCGUUACGGGCCUCACGAAGAAGUACGAAGAGCAGGUGUCGUCCUUACAAAGGAAGUUGGAUGCCACAGUUACUGCACUUAAAGAACAGGAGGACAUUUGCUGUCAUUUGAAAGAACAGGUUAAACAACUGGAGAGGAAUCAAGAAGCAACCAAAUUAGAAAAGACUGAGAUCAUUAACAGGUUGACCAGAAGCCUGGAGGAGAGUCAGAAGCAGUGUGCCAACUUGUUGCACUCAGGCUCAGCACAGGAGGUGGCUCAGCUCCGGCUCCAGCUGCAGCAGGCGCGAAAGGCUCAUGCUGUGAGCGAGAACAUGAACACGGCUCUGCAAGAAGAAUUAACAGAACUAAAAGACGAAAUUUCUCUCUAUGAAUCUGCUGCAAAACUAGAAAUACUUCCAAGUGGCUCAGAAGGAGAAUUAAAUAUAGAACUCACUGAAUCAUAUGUGGAUUUGGGGAUCAAGAAAGCCAACUGGAAAAAAUCCAAAGUUAAGAGCGUUGUACAGCAGGAAGCCCUGAGUGAAGAGCUUUCCAAAGACGAGGUCAUUCUGAGGCUGAAAGCGGAGGUGCAGCGUUUGCUGGGCAGCAACUCGGUGAAGCGGCAUCUGGUGUCUCAGUUACAAAAUGAUCUCAAAGACUGUCGUAAGAAAAUCGAAGAUCUCCAAGUGCAGAAGGAUGAAAAAAGCAUUGAGACCAAAACAGAUACCUCAGAAAAACCAACUAAUGAAUUAUGGCCUGACUCUUCUGAUGUGAUUACCAGAGAUGAUAUUCUGCAACUUAAAAAUGAAAUUCAAGUUUUACAACAACAAAAUCAGCAACUUAAAGAAACUGAAGAAAAAUUAAGAAAUACAAAUCAAGACUUAUGCAAUCAAAUGAGACAAAUGGUACAUGAUUUUGACCAUGAUAAACAAGAAGCUGUGGACAGGUGUGAGAGGACUUACCAGCAGCACCAUGAAGCCAUGAAAGCCCAGAUACGUGAAAGCCUGUUAGCAAAGCAUGCUUUGGAGAAACAGCAGCUCUUUGAGGUUUAUGAGGGGACUCGCUUGCAACUUAGGUCCGACUUAGAUAAGGUGAAUAAGGAGAUGGCGGCCGUGCAGGAAUGUUACCUGGAAGUGUGCAGAGAGAAGGAUAAUCUAGAAGCGACCCUCAGGAAGACCAUGGAGAAGGAGCAGCAGGCUCAGGAGACAAAGAGACAGCUUUUGGAGGAAAGAGAAGAAUAUGUAAGGAAACUGCAGGUGGAAUUUGAAGAGAAGUACCAAGAUACCCUUGUGAUGGAAAAGGACAAGUGGCUGAAAGAACAAGAAAGUGAUAUUAAACAGCAGGUUGAAAAUGAAGUCAUGCUAGCCAAAGCUCACUGGGAUAAGGAGCAGAAGGAGAUCAAACAAGAACUUAUUCAACAGCUUGAAAAGGAGUGGCAGUCUAAGCUGGAUCAAACUAUAAAGGCAGCGAAAAAGAAGACCUCAGAUUGUUGCAGCCAAACUGACCAAGAAACCACCAUUGAUGUUAUUUCCAAGAAAGAGAUGGCAGUCAUGAUAGAAGAGCAGAAGCGAAAGAUCCAGCAAAACUUAGAGCAGGAGAAGGAAAUAGCUAUCAAGGGGGGCUUGAAGAAGCUUGAGGUUGAAUUGGAGCUCAAAUACUGUGAAAAUAUUGCCAAACAGGUAGAAACGGCUGUGCAAAAUGCUCGCCACCGAUGGCUGGAGGAGCUGCCCGAGCUUGCAGAGUAUAAGGCACUUGUAAGAGCAGAGCAGAAGAAGUGGGAAGAGCUGCAAGAGCAGUCUGUGGCCAGACGGAUAUCAUUCGCUGUUUCUGAAGCUAAAGAGAAAUGGAAAAGCGAGACUGCAAAUAUGAAGAAAAACGUCAUACCUGGAAAGGAAUUGGAAGAGAAGAUUCAUUCUCUGCAGAAGGAGCUUGAGUUAAAGAACGAGGAAGUCCCCGUGGUUGUCAGGGCUGAAUUGGCAAAGGCCCGGAGUGAAUGGAACAAAGAGAAGCAAGAAGAAAUCCACAGAAUUCAAGAACAAAAUGAAGAAGAUUACCGGCAAUUUUUAGAUGAUCAUCGAAAUAAAAUUAACGAGGUGCUUGCGGCAGCUAAGGAAGACUUUAUGAAACAAAAAACUGAACUGCUUCUUCAGAAGGAAACAGAAUUACAAGCGUGUCUAGACCAGAGUCGCAGAGAAUGGACCAUGCAGGAAGCCAGGCGGAUCCAACUGGAAAUCCGUCAGUAUGAGGAGGACAUCCUAACUGUGCUCGAGUUUCUCUUAAAGGACACCCGGAAGGAGCAAGACAGUGGUUCAGAAAACAAGCACCUGGUGGAACUCAUGUCUACUUGUUCUUCGAAAUGGGUGUCUAUGCAAUAUUUUGAAAAACUGAAGACCUGCAUACAGAAAGCAUUUCAAGAUGCACUCUCCCUACUUGCAGAAACUGUCGACUCAGAAUGGGGAAAGCAAAAUAUGACCAAGAUCCCUAAGGAUCCUGCCACAGGGGUCACUGGCAGGGGAGUCCCGGCGACCCUUCCUGCACCCACUUGUGGACUCCACGCUCAGCCCUUGGCCGUACGAGAAGCAGAAGCCGGAGAGAAUAGCAAAGUUGUUGAAGAAUUAAUAGAAGAAAACAAUGACAUGAAGAGUAAAUUGGGAGAACUGAGAACACUUUGUAAAACGCCACCAAGGUCAUUGUCAGAAGGGGCCAUUGAAAAUGCUUGCCUGCCUUGUAGUGGGGGCGCCCUGGAAGAACUUCGUGGGCAGUACAUUAAAGCAGUAAAAAAAAUUAAGCGUGAUAUGCUUCGUUAUAUUCAGGAGAGUAAGGAACGAGCCGCAGAAAUGGUAAAAGCGGAGGUGUUGCGAGAACGUCAAGAAACCGCCCGAAAGAUGCGCAAAUAUUAUUUGAUUUGCCUCCAACAGAUUUUGCAGGAUAAUGGAAAACAGGAAGGGGCUGAGAAGAAGAUCAUUAAUGCUGCUAGCAAACUCGUUACGAUGGCAAAGUUGCUGGAAACGCCUAUUUCUAAUAGAUCCCAGAGCAGAACUACACAGCCGGUACUGCCUCUGACUUCAGAGAUGCUGACUGGAGUUGAAAAAUCAAAAAGAAGUGAUGUGAAUCAGAAUAUACCAUGUCGCGUUGAAAGCAAAUCAAAUAGUAUAAAAACUAACCCCAGAAGUACGUGCGACCAAGUCCCCAAGAGGAGGGCUGCUUGUAACUUACAGAGGCGGUUGGAGGACGCCGAGCACGGGGACGGAAAGCAUGAGGGUCCCAAAGAGCCACAUUCAGACUCUCAGUUUGGGAAUAACAGUUACAAACACCCAGACAUCUUAUCAAGGAAGGUUUCUCCUGAGUUUGUUCCUUACGAAGGCGAACGAGGCUUUGUUUUGCACAAGAAGAAAGACCUCUGUGAUACUGGCUCUGAGUCACUCCAACAUUCAGCCACACAGCCCUUUGGAUCCUUUGGAAGUAAACCUUCAUCUAAGUAUACCCCUAGUCUUUCUGAAUCCGAAUCCACACAUGCAACCUUUCGAGGUCCUAAUGAAAGACUUGGUUUAAAAGUAUACAAGUGUAAUCCACUAAUGGAAAGUGAAAAUGCUACAUCUGAGAAAAGUCAAAGUUUGGGGGUUAAGGAAACUCCAGUAAAGGAUGGAGGGGACUCUGGAGGCUGGCAUUUCAACAGUGCCACUCUACCCUGCCACCGUCGUGAAGUGUCACUUCUGCAUGGUAAGCCGCAAGAAACUCUGGAUACCCUCGGUGAAUCUGUUAAUUUCAAACAGUUUUCAGCAGCCACUUGUCUUUCAGAUUCUGAGAAUGAUGUAAUUCAUCAACCUAUGAAAUGUCAGAGUGGUCACGUUCCAGACCUGUCAGAUGAAACUAUGUAUUCCCAGUCAGGGAAGGUCAGCAUGACUCUUGGACACCCACCUCAUCAUAAGGCUGAUACGUCAAAGUCAGAUUUCAAAGAACUGAGCAGUACGGCACCAUCUGCAGCGUGUUGGCAGCCUUUGAGGAAGUUAAUCGCUCCUCUGUCUGGCCAACAAGAUAGUGGCUUUGAUAGCCCAUUUGUCAAUCUAGACUGAUUGCGGUGCAGUAUUUAAGAAGAAUCAUUAAUAUAUUGACAAGAAAACUGGAAGGGAAGACUUCAAACUGAAAAAUUUGUGGGCUCUGCAUAUUUUCAGAUGUUUAAAUAACGUCUAUCACAUGAGUAAAGUAUCUUCACAAAAUUACUUGAGAUAUUAAUGUUGCCUUAAUCUUCCAAAGGAUUAAUGGUAUAUAUGUAAUCUGCUUCUGUGUGGUGUUUAUAUUUGUUCACUAAACCAUCUAUUUUUAUACAUAUAAAUAAACUCUGU